AUGGCGGAAAAGGAAGCAACGGUCUAUAUUGUGGAUGUGGGGAAGUCCAUGGACGAGCGCCACAAUGGCCGAGAAGUAACGGAUCUCGAAUGGGCCAUGCAGUAUAUCUGGGACCGCAUUACAAGCACAGUUUCUACUGGACGUAAAACGGCGAUGCUGGGCGUAAUUGGCCUCAAAACUGAUGGUACCUCCAACGAACUGCAAGAUGAAUCAGAUGAAUCCCAUUUCUCACAUAUCUCUGUUUUUUCGGAGAUCAAGCAGUUUCUCAUGUCUGAUAUUCGACUGUUGGCCGAGCAGAUCAAACCAAGCAACGUCGACAAAGGGGAUGCUAUUUCUGCUCUUAUAUUGGCAAUUCAAAUGAUCAUCACUCACUGUAAGAAACUGAAGUGGAAAGGGAAGAUUGUGCUCAUCACCAAUGGGAUGGGGCGGAUGAACAGUGAGAACCUUGACGAUAUAGUAUCGAAGGUCAAGGAAGAUAAUAUAGAACUGGUAGUCCUGGGACCCGAUUUUGACGAUCCCGAAUAUGGCACCAAGGAAGAAGACAAAAACUCUCGCAAGGCCGAGAACGAGGCGCUAUUGAGGACCAUCUCUGAGCAGUGCGAUGGAGUCUUUGGCACUCUUGAACAAGCGGUCUCAGAAAUGGAGAUUCCUCGCGUUAAAGCAGUUCGGCCAAUUGCAUCAUUCAAAGGCUUCCUGCAACUAGGUAACCCAGAGGAAUAUGAUACCGCAGUUCGAAUCCCUGUAGAACGAUACCCUCGAACAAUGGUAGCGAAACCCCCGUCGGCCAGCCAGUUUGUUCUGCGCUCCAAUCUAGCUGCCGAGCAAGAAGGGGCUGAAUCAGUGACUGCCGUUCCGGAGACACAGCCUGAAGAUGGCAGUGCUCUCACAUCCGUGAGAAAUUUGAGGACUUAUCAAGUUAGCGAUGAGAGUGCCCCUGGUGGGAAGAUCGAUAUUGAACGAGAUGAUUUGGCCAAAGGAUAUGAGUAUGGACGUACAGCAGUACAUAUCAGCGAGACCGAUGAGAACAUCACAACACUUGAUACGACAGCAGCACUGGAACUGGUUGGAUUCAUCCAAAGUGAACGGUAUGCUCGGCAUAUGCACUUAUCAAGCACCAACAUCAUCAUCUCUCAGCGAGCCAACGAUAAAGCCUCUCUCGCGCUAUCUUCAUUUAUCCAUGCUCUUUUCGAGUUAGAGAGCUAUGCGGUUGCUCGUCUAGUCGCAAAAGAGAACAAGCCCCCUAUUUUGGUUCUUCUCGCUCCUUCUAUAGAGCCAGAAUACGAGUGCCUCCUAGAGGUCCAGCUUCCAUUCGCCGAAGAUGUUCGAACAUAUAGGUUCCCAUCUCUCGACAAGGUAAUUACCGUAUCCGGAAAAGUAGUAACGCAGCACCGAAAUCUUCCAAACGACGACCUUCUUGAUGCCAUGGACAAAUAUGUGGACAGUAUGGAGCUGAUGGACACAGACGAGGAUGGGGACCUGGUUGAUGCACGUUUCCCAAUCGAAGAUUCAUUCUCACCGGUUUUACAUCGCAUAAACGCCGCUAUUCGAUCCCGUGCCGUACACCCCAAUGACCCCAUUCCACCCCCCGCGAAGACCCUCACCCAGUUCUCGCAACCACCAGAACAGGUACUUCAGAACGCAGAACGCCACCUCAAAAAGCUCAUCGAGGUAGCCGAUGUCAAAAAAGUGCCACCCAAGGCCAAAGGCCGAAAGCGUGCACGCGAGCCUGAGAAGCCCCUCUCCGGUCUCGACGUUGACGCUCUGCUUAACCAAGAAAAACGCGUCAAAAUUUCACCGAACAAUGCGGUUCCAGAAUUCAAACAGACCCUUGCACAGGCCGAGACUAUUGAGACAACAAAGGAUGCCGUGAAACAGAUGCGUUCAAUCAUCGAGGACCAGAUAAGACAUAGUUUCGGUGAUGCAAAUUACGACAGGGUCACCGAGGGUUUGGGUGCCGUCCGCGAGGAACUCAUAUCAUACGAAGAGCCUAGCUUGUAUAACGAAUUCAUCAAAGAACUCAAGGAGCAGGUCCUGAAGGAGAAACUGGGUGGAGAUCGCCGGGAACUCUGGUGGUUGAUUAAACGGAGUAAAUUGGGUUUGAUUGAUCAGGGACAGUCAGAGCUUUCUACUGUGACCGAGGAGGAAGCAAAGGCGUUCAUGGCGGCCCAGUGA